AUGGGUAGGAGGCAUCGAAACCCGCUUACCAACCCGCUGGACUUUGCGACACUGCAACUGCGCACAGGGCCCCCGGUAACCUAUGCGGCCGCCCAACGCGGGCUUGUGAGCUAUGACUACGUGAUCAUCGGUGCCGGUGCGGCAGGCUGUGUUCUGGCCAGCAAAAUCUCCGAAGACAAGGAUGUCUCGGUGCUGAUCCUCGAAGCCGGCAGCGACAACACCAAGGUCUUCGAAACGAAGGUACCUCUCCUAUUUUCGAAACUGUUCCAUACCCAGCAUGAUUGGGACUACUACACUGUCGAGCAGCCCGGGCUCGCUAACCGCCAGCUGUACUGGCCCCGGGGGAAGAUUCUCGGGGGUUCGACCUCCCUCAACGCUAUGAUGUACCAUCACUGCUCUAAAUCCGACUUUGACGAAUGGGCCUCUACGUACGGCUGUGAGGGAUGGAACUAUGACCAACUAGCGCCUUUCCUCCGGGCCAUGGAGCGGUUUACCUCCCAUCCUGGGCGUCCUGCUAUCGAUCCCGAGCACCGUGGCACGUUGGGGCAAUGGCACACGGGUUAUUCGUGGUUAUCCGAGAUCGUCGAAAAGGGAUUCCUUCCCGCCUGUCACGAUGCUCAGAUUCCUGCCAUCGCGGACGUUAAUACCUGCCAGGGCAGUCUAGGCGUGACAAGGUUCCAGACCUUCAUCGAUCCUAAGGGGCAGCGCUCGUCGCUCGCUACGGCCUUCCUCACACCGGAGGUGUUAGCGCGGCCGAAUCUUUAUGUCGCAUGUAAUUCUCGUGUGACCCGCGUGCUUUUUGAUCUGAUCACAACUAAGGAGCCGACGGCGAUCGGAGUUGAGUUCCAGACUAGCCGCGAUGGGCAGCGCUUCCAGGUUCACGCGCGACGGGAGGUACUCCUUUGUGGUGGAGCGAUCAACACGCCGCAGACGCUAUUGUUGAGCGGCAUCGGUCCGGCCGACGAGCUCAGGGCCCAUGGGAUCCCCGUUAUCCAAGAGAAUAACGCUGUCGGUCGUAACCUCAAAGAUCAUCUCUGCACGACGCCUAUCAUUUGCAAAGCUAAGGACGGCGCUACCCUUGAUUACUUAGGGAAUGACAUAAAGGCCAUUCCGGCACUGGCGCGAUGGUUACUCACAGGCGGCGGACCUCUGUCUAGCAACGUCGGUGAGGCCGCGGCAUUCAUCCGGUCUACUGACUAUCGCUUCCCUGGGACUGUGAAUGUUCCCAAUGACCAUACAUCUGGUGCUUCUGCGCCAGACAUCGAGGUUAUCGGCGCCCCGCUUGCCUUUAUCCAUCAUGGCGAGGAGAAGGCAAUCGAGAAUAGCAGCGUUUUUAGUAUCAUCCCCAUUGGUCUUCGCCCACAGAGUCACGGCACGGUCACCCUAAAGAGUAGACAUGCAUUUGAUGCGCCGGUAAUCGAUCCAAAGUACCUUAGCGACGAGAGUGGCAACGACAGAAAGGUUCUUCUGGUGGGCCUGCGAGUGUGUCUCAAGAUUAUGAGGAGUCCGGCUCUCAAGAAAUACUUUGAGACAGUCCCCGUGAACGACGAUCCGAGCUCAUACUGGUGGCCCUACUCGAGCAGUAAUAUUGACAAUAUCACUGACGAGCAGCUCCUGCGUUUCAUGGAUGAGAAGGCAUUCACUCUGUACCACCCCGUCGGUUCGGCGCGCAUGGGCCCGUCGCCCGCCACCAGCGUCGUCGACCUUGAAUGCCGAGUCCAUGGUGUUAAGGGUCUCCGUGUGAUGGAUGCCAGCGUGUUCCCAGAACAGAUCAGCGGACAUCCCACAGCGCCUAUUGCUGCUAUGGCUGCCAUGUUGAGCGAAAUAAUCAAAGAACGCAGCGCUGUGGCUACCCCUCUCUCUGCAAAUUUAUGA